AUGCACCUUUUUAAGAUCGUGCUAUAUGCGAGCGUGUUCUGUUCACUUCCAUGGAGUUUGCGUUGCGAUGAAGGAAAAGACGAUCCAUCGAAUGGGUUCGGGCAAAACGUGCACCCCACGCUAAAUGCAAGAUGGACUUCGGUGAUACCGAAUAAGCAAAGUCUAUGGAUGAACGUAUCAGGCAGGCUGCAUUGUGCACGCCGUGAAAAUGCCACGCAGAGAGCUCAGCGACCAACAAUCAGACAUGCCUGGUCAAACCAAGAAAAACUGCCCAAAUUUUACAAUGCAACUGACCACUACAAGAAUGAGUGUCCCGGAAUACGGGAAAUCUGGGACCAGUCACAAUGUGGUUCCUGUUGGGUAAGCAAUAUUUCCGCAUCCCAUGAGGGUUAUAUCACACAUCUUACGCAUGUCCGCGCACGCAAACAGCCGGAUAGCUUGCAAUAA